AUACCAUGUAAUCCCGUGUGUGCUGUGGUUGGUUCAGCACACGUGUGAAGUAAUCGGGCACUUCAGAACUUGACUGUUGGAGAAAGAGCCUUGUGUGUGUUGACAACUUGUCACUUGUCUUAUUACACAGCAACCUGUCAUCACUUCGUUAUUUUCUAGUGAUAUCAAGGAUUGUGAGCACUUCACCAUCAUCAUCAUCUAGCUAGCUACCCGACUCUGCAUGCCUUGUACCUCUCUUCAGAGGAGCGAUAUAUAUAAACCUGAUUCAUUUCAUCUUGAAGCGCCUUCUUGAAAUCUCCGCGUACAACAUUUGCUUUUUCUUCAAACUUUCUGUGAUUAUCCCAUUGGGACAUUCGAAGGUUGUGGACAUUCAGUUUGACUUGGUUUGUGAGAGCAUGGAGCUAUGAUGAGAGAAUGAAGGGCGAACUCCUCUGAGCUGAGCUACGCAUUUUGAACUUGACACGCUUGACAUCGCCAUUUUUAUCAAACUUCAAUUUCGCUUGAUAAGACUCAAAGAAGUUUUGGAGUUGUCCCCGAUUCAAGUUCAGAGUUUUUGAUAAUCACGGUCACAUGCUGUGUACACCGUAUUGUUUAUGACAACUGCCCUGGCUUUGGGGAUAAGAAUUUGCUUGCUGCCCAAGUUUAUUUGAGUGUCUCUGCGUGAAUGAUGUUGUGAUGAGGAAACUCUCCUUUGUACGCUGUUAACCAAGGACAUAAUUAUACCUGCAGAUUCCAAGAUGGAUCGCCUCAUGCUUUUGCCAGUUUUCAUCAUUUUCACGCAAGUUCUUCUAACUUUCCAAUCAGAAGCACAAUCUUCGAGCCGAUCUGGUAGGCGACAAGGGUUUCUGAAUGGACGUCGAGGCGAGAUGGAUGGUGAUCUCGACCUCUCCGUGGUCGUCGAGCGUCGUCCACCCACUGACAACCGAAGACCUGGUCAUCGUGAUGUGGCAUUAGCAAGCUUAGAGAUCCUUGUAGCCGGACAACGGACCAAAAAACCAACAACGCCAGCACCUAAACAAGUUACUCGCCGCCCCCUUCCUGUGUGUCGGAACGGUGGUAUCCGACUUCUGGGUAGUUUCUGCUACUGCACUUCCAAGUUUAUGGGCCGGUACUGUGAAAUCUACAGGUACAACAGCAGCUGCGGACGCGUACCGCACGGCAGAUGGGUGUAUCUGAACUGCAAUAGCUGCCAUUGCGUGGCCGGUGUUCUCAAAUGCCAACCCCAUGUGAUGCCCGGUUGUGAUAUUCAAUCAGAAGUGUCAACCACGGUGUCUCUACCAAAUGAUGACGACGAUGAACUCGUGGCGUUCGAGUACAACAGCGCCACCAGGCGGUCUUAUCAUAACUGGAUAGUUGUCUCGUCGCUGAUGAUGGCAGUUUUGAUGUGUCGGAUUCUUAUCAGCAUACCAGAUAGAUAGCACACCAUAUAAACUUUUAGAGAGGAUAUUGUAAAUAGAUGUACAUAGAGAUGAUUUAUUUUAGAUAAGUUAUUCUAUCGUGUCCUAAUUAGUACCGUGUUCAACCUUAUGAUGUCCGCUCUCAAUACCCGGCUUUAUGGUCUUUUCUUUCCCGCGCUGUCGGUUAUUUUUUCUUUCUCCUGUCCCCCUUUCUUCCUCUCCUGCUCUCUCACUCUUCUCUCUCUCUUUCUCCCUCUCGCCUCUCUAUACUUAUCUUUAUUCUCUCUUGCACCUUCAUACAGAGCCAGCCUUCAACUAUACGUCACGAACUGCUGUUCUCUCUUUCCCCUCUUCCUUUCUGUUUACCUCUCUUCAAUCUCUAUCAAUCUAUGUUUUUUCUCUCCCACGCACUUUCCUUUACUUCCCCUUCUCCCCCCAUACACUCUUUGCCAGUGGGUUAAAUACUCAUUUUGGUUUUGUACAUCCCAUUCUAUCUAUUUGACUUGAUCUCGGAAGAGACGUGACAUCAAAUUUCCCGUUCCGUCCAAACUGAUGUACCAGAAUUUAUGUGAAGCAGUACUCAGGUUAUUGCCUUUGGUGUUUUCCACCCUUGGUACAUGAAGUUCACGAAAACUUGAAUUAUUUAAUGUUCUUCAGCAAAAUAACUCGAUACAUUUUGCUUUUUCGAAGUUAAUAUUUACUUUAUGAUUGCAAAAUAGUACUCUGUUAGUAUUGAUUAAAGUUACAUCUUUUUAAAUUCAAGCGCAAGAAGUUGUGUCAAAAUGAAUGUCAGUUGUUCAUACUAGAACGAAGUCGUUCUAUGAAGCCGUCUGUUUUUUUUAACGUUUUUUUUCUAGACAGUAUAAUGUUCUUAUGGAAAUUUUAUCUGAAUCUAUAUAUUAAGUGAAAAGUAGUUAUUUCUAUUGCACGACAAUCGUUGUUUUGAUGUAAUUUAUCGCUGUAGGGCACACCUAGGCCCCGUAACACAAAGGUAAGUGAUUAAUCGUAUGCUUGAUUUUUACGAUUGAUUGUACGUUGUAGCCAAUGUAAUCAAUCGUAGAAAAAUGUUCUACGAUCAUUGCUAAGCUUUGUGUUAUGGACCACUGGUGAUUCGAAAUCAUUAACUCUUCCUUGAUUUAACUCUUAUAUUGAAAACCUAAAUGAAUGAUAUUAGAAGAAGGGGCGGCAUUAGAAAUCAGUGGGUAGUGAUGAUUUUCAUUUAAACAGAUGACAAAAAUGUGAAAAAAAAAUGAACAGGUAAAAAAGGAACAGAUGAAAAAGGGAGAAAAGAAAAAAAAAGUUUGGAAAGAAGACUUGAUCGUGUAAUUACGAAAUAGUUGUUUAUUAUUUAACAAGUCGGACACCAACCCUUGAGUUAUUCUGCCGCCUAUAUUUGAAUACCGUGAUGCCGCCCCUAAUUUUAGGUCAAGAACAGGGGGCAAAAUCCGUUCUCAUUGUAUGUUGGUACGUAUACUGGGAAUGUGAAUUCCUGAUUUUCUUCAUACCCCGUUUAAAAACAUAUUAGGAGGUGGGGGACGUAUUCAUUUUGUAAACGUAUGCUACACAUGUAUAUUUUGUACAACCCAAGAGCGAUUCACAGGGAUCAUUAAUUUCGCAUUUUCGAUAGCAUUACACUGCAAACACUCCGGUGUUGAUUUAACACCAGCCCGGAAUCUAUACUACAUGUCCACACCAGAGAAGUAUUGAAACAACACCAGUUUGGAAUCAAAUCGAUGUUGUUUUAAUACUAAUUGGUGUUGUACAAACACCUAUCUGGUGUUAGAUCAAAACGAAACUGGUGUUGUUUAACACUUCUCUGGUGUGGACAUAUACAGAUUCCGGGCUGGUGUUAAAUCAACACCAGAGUUUUUGCAGUGUACUGACACUGAGGGAUCGCCCUCACCCAUCUAUUUUCCUCGCUGUAUGACAUCGUUAUUAAACAUUUUUACAAAACGGGAUGUGCAAACACUGCACUGCAAAAACGCCGGUGUUAAUUCAACACCAGCCUGGUAUCUAUAUCGUUCCAUACCAGAGAGGUGUUGAAACAACACCGGUUUGGCGUUGUAGGCUAACACCAAUCGGUUUGAUUCUUAAGUGGUGUUGUUUCAACGCUUCUCUGGUGUGGAUCGAUACAGGUACCGGACUGGUGUUAAAUCAACACCGGUGUUUUUUGCAGUGUUGUUGAUACUAAUUGGUGUUGGUACUGGAUGGGUAAAUUGGUCUCACCUAUCCUCGCCUGCAGCACUGAAUGUUGGUCUACAAAGAUAAUUAUCAGUAAAUAGAUCAACAUCAUUAUCUUGUCCGUCCCAAUACCAUCUUCAUUUUAGUUCGGUGUUAUGUCUGGGGAUACAGUCACCAUCCUCAUCAAUACCGUAUUCGAAUUGACCCAUUGACUUUGCCAACGUAUAUUGCUCAUAUUUGUGUUAUGUUUUCCUCGUGUCUCUUUAUUCUGUUAUACCGCCGAUGCCUAUUCUGAAAUGUUUAUGUCUAAUAAAUCUACAGUUAUUUUUCUUGUUUUACGCA